CGCCGCCGCCCCCUCCCCCCCCGGCUGGCGGUGCGGGCAGAGGCAGGAGCCGCCGAGCAGCGGGAGGAGGGGGAGAGCGCUGCCGCCACCGCCGCACCGGCACAGGGGACGCCGCCGCCGCCCGAGCAGCCGCAGGUUUGCCCACGGAGCCUCACGGGUCUCUCUCUUUCUCUCUGUUGGUUGCUGCUGCAGAGCUGUGGAAUGCUGUGAAGACUCACUGCCCUGCAGCCAUAGGCAGACUCCUCUCCGGAUUAUCUCCAUCCGAAGGAAGCUCGUAUCCAAGAGAGUUCCCGGUCUUCCACCAUGAACCCUGUUUACAGCCCCGUCCAACCUGGGGCUCCCUACGGAAACCCGAAGAACAUGGCGUAUACAGGUUAUCCGACGGGCUACCCCACCGCUGCCCCAGCCUACAACCCAAACAUGUAUCCAACCAGCAGCCCCGGCUACGCCCCAGCUACACUUCUGAUGAAGCAAGCCUGGCCACAGACCUCCUCCUCCUGUGCCACGGAGGGCACCUUCCACCUCCCGGUGGACACCGGGACCGAGAACAGAACUUAUCAGGCUUCUUCUGCAGCAUUCAGGUACACUGCGGGGACUCCCUACAAGGUCCCACCGACCCAGAGUAACAACGCACCUCCUCCCUACUCGCCGUCUCCGAAUCCGUACCAAACCGCUAUGUACCCCAUCAGAAGUGCCUAUCCACAGCAGAACCUGUACACCCAGGGAGCUUAUUAUACCCAGCCAGUGUACGCGGCACAGCCUCACGUUAUCCAUCACACCACCGUGGUUCAGCCCAACAGCAUCCCAUCGGCCAUCUAUCCGGCCCCGGUCGCUGCGCCCAGGACCAACGGUGUGGCCAUGGGAAUGGUCGCUGGGACCACCAUGGCAAUGUCAGCAGGAACCUUGUUGACCACCCCACAACACACCGCCAUCGGAGCACAUCCAGUUUCCGUGCCAACGUACAGGGCUCAAGGAACCCCCACCUACAGCUACGUACCUCCACACUGGUAAACCCACUGGCCGAUUCAUAUCCGGAGUCAAACAUUGUAUGCAACUACACAAGUCUUACAUCGGUGCUGUGGCCGCUGUACUGCAGCACCGCGUCUGUUUGCAAGAACAAAAGGAAAAAAAAAAAAGUGCAAGGGUCACUUUAUGCAUUCUUUAGUGGUUUUUGUAAAAGCUGCUUUUUCUAAUCUUCUGCCUCUUUUUUUUUUUUUUUUUCCUCUCCCCCUUCCUCCUCCCCAACCCACAUAAAUUGUGUAACACACAUACUGACACUGAGCAAUAGUAAAGUUCUCUCUUUGGUCCUAUCAUUUGAAAGCUCAGAAUAUUCACUUUUCCAGCAUUGCCCAGCUGAGUGGUGCAAAGAUCCCCCACUUCUUGUUCGUUUGGGUUCUUUUCGUUAUUUUUCUGUUGUCGUUGUUGUUGACGAAAGCCUAGAUUUUCUUUGGCUAGUAAGAGUGGUUGAUGUUCAGGGUACUAUGUGAAAAGCACAGCGCUGGUAGGCAGGCUUAUUCCGAUUUGGUUUGGGUAUUUUUAGUUGAAUAAUAUAAAUUAUUUAAUCUUCCAUAACAUAUUACAAGAAAAUUGGUGUCUUCCAGAUAGCUGUCGUGAUAGAUUAUAAAUGCAUUAUCUGCAGUGAAAUUCUGAACUCAUCCCUUCUUUUGUAGGAGUAAGAGAAUAUAAAUAUAAUUAGCGACGUAACACACUUGUCUUAGGAAGUAGGAGGACUGGUCACCAUCGGGUCUUUGGUCUGCUUUUUCCACCUGGGCAAACGGAUCUUGCGUGAUGGGAAGAGAGCAGCGGAGAGACGCGUGCCCCGAUAGCGCCUUGCACCUCUUGGGAAAAUGAGAUGCUCCCCAUCGGCCGCAUCCCGGGGCUGUGCGAGGGAGAAGCUCCUCCCUUGCAUGGCUACUCUUUGCAGGCAGAGGUGUGCGGGGCGGCUGGUGAAGGAAGCAAGGAGGUGUCCAAGGGUUGGUCUGAAGAGCUUCUCCAGAUCCAGGGGUUGGUCUGAAGAUCUUCUCAAUGUCCGGGGGUUGGUCUGAAGAGCUUCUCCAAAGUCUGGUGGUGUGGGGAAAGAGGGCAACUGGUUGGUGGGGAAGAGACUUCAAGGCAGGACGAGGGGAAGGAUGGGUGGCUUCACCUUGCACCCAUGUUGUUGGCAGGGCUGAGACCAAACCGUGACACCUCCGUGACUAUCAAGGUGCCCACCCCCCCCCCUUCUUUUGGUUACAGCUGGGCUCAGAGAUCUCCAGGAGAAAUGUUCAUCCAAGCACAAAUCCUGGCACCGUAGAGAAAGGCUGGAGAGGGGGAAGAUGUCUGGCGGCUCUGCUUGGCGAGUGGGGAGAAGUGGGGGGAAGAGGAAGCAAUAGCAAUAAACAUGUCGUCUUCCUCACGGGAAGGCACCUGAGAAAAGGAGAGAGCAAGGAAGGUGAUCCACAGUUGACGUGGACUGAGCUGGGAGACAGCGGGCACGCAGAGGCUGUGGGCUUCGGGGUAAUUUCUGGGGGUUUUGGUUUACCCAAGGGCGCAAGGACGUGAAGCCAACUGCGGCUGGUGACGUCCCACCUCGGGGUGUCCAAGUAGAGCAAUAAGUUGUCUCAAGGGCAGCAGAGAGUUCGUAUUUGCAGACAAUGGUUGCGGCCAGUUUAAUUUUGAAUUCUUAUCACUGAACCCAGCAUAGAAACAAGGGUUUUCUUCUUUUUUUUUUUCCCUAAGACAAAAACAUCGUUGGGUUUUGAUUUUUCCCUCAAGCGUGCCAAAAUAGUGACCCAGCAGUGUGUUUGCAACUCUUGCACUCCAAGGUUGCCACAACAGACCCAAUCCAGAGCCUUUAAAGAGGUCAGGGUAGGAGAUGUGGGUGGGGAGCCCUCCCGGCACUGCCUGGCAUGGGUUUCUGACCCUUGCGUGGUGUUGAGUCAGUGCCAGAUGGCUCUGUUGGUUGCUCUGCUUUGGUCAUGCCUGGAUCAUAUCUUCAGAUGGAGGUGAGGGCAGUGGAGACCAACACCGGAGGGUCACCUUGACCAGGACAUGCUGGUGUAGAGGUCAGACUGGAUGGUCUUUCAGAAGACCAAGGGGACUGGUUGUUGGCACUGGGGCAAGACCUCGUUGCUCUUGGUGUUGUCUCCCAGCUUGGCUUCUGCUGCCGUUGGGAGGAGCUACUGGAACUCCUUCCCAUAAGCGUGGUCCAAAAGGGGAGAAGCAAGCUUAGGGACCCAAGAGACUUCUCCUACUGCUGGUUGGUCCCAGGUGGUUUGUCAGGCUGGCUGUUGGCACCAGCGCUUCUGUAUGGGGGUCAUUUGGUUGGUUCUGCUGGUUUUAAAGGCAGUCUAGCAAAGCUCUUGUUGACCUUCCCAACCGCAAGGGGUACAAAGUGGGUGAAGACUGGACACCAGUGCCGAGGCGUGAGGAAGGAUUUCUCCCCUGUAGUACUUUGGGCUGCACUUUGGAUUUGUAUAAAAGGAAAAAGAUGGAAAAAAAAAGGAGUAAAUAAUCAGAGGGUUGCCCUGUUGAGCUCGGUGAAGCCAAGGGUUAGUGUGUAAAGAGCAAUGGGACGUUUGGACAUUGCAGUACUACAUCAUCCUUCCGCUGUUUGUAGCAGGCCGCAGUUGAACCUGGGCCAACCCCCCCUGCUCACACCCCCCCCCCAGUAGAUCACAGGAACUGAAGAGCUCUCAAAUACCCUUUUCUGCUCUCACUGUUGGCUUCAUCUAUGUAUUAGGCGCUGUCUAUCAGCGUUGGAACUCAUAGGGCGGAGUAAGCUCUAUCUAUACUCUGUAGAGUGGUACCGGCACUAUGACUUGCAGGGUCCAACAAGCUUUCUUAUCACAGCUCGGGAGGACCUUUCCCAGCAGACACCAUCCUACCACUGGCCUAGACACUCGUCACCCAUAACUGCUUUAGGAACAAAUGCUAAAAUUUUGGCCCAUGGCUGGGAAGAUGUUAGGGUUUCUCCUGAAAGGAAAGAGAACACUAAAGGUGGGGUGGAAAGCACCAGGAGCUCAGCGUGGAGGGUUACCCAGUCUUACUGCUAAUGAGAUCUGACAGGGCUGUUUAGUUUUAGUUCCUUUCCUUGGGUCAAUAGCAGAUCUGAUGCUCCUCAUGCCGUUAUGCUGAGGCAGAAAUACUCAUUAACUCAACCAGGGCGUGAAGAGGUGAAAUAUUUGCCCUCGGUUGGGCAAGAGGCUUUGGUGAGCACAUUUGGCAACUAGUGUUGGGUUUAGGCUUGGACCACUGGAUGGCUCCAGGGCCACCACAGCGCUCUGGGGCCACCACAUGGCUCCAGGCUUGAGUAGCUCCUUCCCAAGGUAGCUUCAUGGGGCCGUGGUGGGGAUGUGGGGCUUGAUGCCUCCUGGCUCAUGCCAGCGGUGACCUGCAGCCCUGUCCCCUUCCCCGUGGAGGGAUGUGGUUUUUCAGAUAGAUGGAAGGAUGAGAGGAAAGCCCGUGAUCCCAAGGCCUUUCCUUAGCCAAGUCAUGGCUUAAGUGAAGGUCCUGGCGAGGUGGCAGCCCAGUGGGGGACUCCCUUGCGGGGGGGAUGCUGAUGGGAGCCACCAGCUUUCAAAUUUUUCACUCCAGCAAAGCUUUGCUGGAAAAGCAUUUAUCAGCAGAGAAGGCUCACACCGGCUGUUAGUGGAGAAGAGCAGAAGGGGUUAAACCAUCCUUAGCGGGCAGCAAAGUGUCUGGGAGAUUAAAAUUCCAGCUGAAGAGGAAGGAAAAUAACUCUCGACCCGCUGUUAUGACCAUUAACCCAUCCCUGCCGUUAUCUUUGCUUUAAAACACGAGCUGUAAUGCAAGAUUUUGGGGGGGGGGGGGAAGGUGUGUUAAUAGUGGUGGUGGCCCCCAACCCGAGCGAGCCCCUUGGAGCCUGUACCCAUCACGCCUCCAAGUGGCUGAACCCUCCGGGCGAGGAUUUGCUCCUCUAUUUUAUGAAUAAUAAUCCCCCAGUCCAGCUUUUUUGCAGUUUCAAGAUGUAAUUACCAUGAAGUGUUAUUUAAAGGGUUUGGUUUGGGUUUUUGUGGUGGUUUUUUUUUUAAAUGAUGGAUGUUUCAGGGUAUCAGGUUUUCCCCCAGCUGCCAGCACCCCGCUGAACACGGUCCUUCCCGGAGAGACUCCCCCUCCGCAUCCUGGCGGCUGCAUCCCUGCGGAGGCUUUGGGAUGAUGCGGUCCCCAGCCGGAGGGUGUGAAAUUGGGUCUUGCUUUUUUAGAGGAAGGAAAAAAAAAAAAAAGCCUAUAUUUGGGAGUUUAUUUUCAAUAGGAAAAACCCAACCAGCCGACAGUAGCAAUAAUUGCCGCUGCAUACUCAUAAAUCCAGGUUUUGCAGGUUUUUUUGUUUUUAAUUGUCAGUAUUUUCAGGCCCUCUGAGCAUCCCUCGUCCCCAAAACAUGGUGACCCUCUGCCCAUCUUCCCUUUGCUUUGCUGCAGCUGCCGGGCUGUUGGCAGCAUCAGGCUCGGGAUAUUUUUCUCUGCUGUAUACUGGCUUUCUCGUAGGAAAAUAAAGCCUGUUAAGGCGCUUGGGAGGGAGAAGAGCUUGAAAAAGGUGGGUUUCCCCCCAGUGUGUGGCACUCGCAGAUUUACUGGUAAUGGGGUAAAAUAACCUAUUACAGGGAGGUUUGCAAAGCAGGAAUAGCAACUGUGUGGUUUAAUGGCAGCAAUUCCCCGUUCAAGACGCUCAGUCGUGCUGUUUGUAGGGAAAAAAACCCUGCUGCAACGCGGCCACCUGCAGCAUCGCUGCAUCCUCCUGCGAGGCCUGGAGCUGGGGGAGCUGGGUUCUUCCCGGGGCGAAGGGGGUUCAGGAUCAGGGCGCUGGAUGGGGAGCGAGUCGCAGGGUCGGCGGCCACUGGGAAGCAGAGCAAGGAAGGGAGAAACAAGGUAGCGGGGUGCAGGAUUGCACCCCACCCCUCCUGUUCCCGUAGUGUCGAGCAAACCCGUGCCACGCUCCUACCCCCUCUUUCUAUGUAAUUAAUUUUUUAAUUCAUUUCGACUGCCAGGCCAGCUCCUUUUUUAAAUACUAUUGGACCUCUUAAGCAAAAAUAAAUACAAAGAAAAAAAAAAAAAAAAGAAAAAAAAUUAAAACCAAGAGUAACCAUGUCUUCCAAGUCUAAGUCUCAAAGGUGUGUAGGGAACAUGGCCUUGAACUGAUGCCCUGGAAAGCCCCACAGCCUCCGUUUGUCCAUCUGAAGUGUACAUUUGGGGGUGGGUUUUGUUUCUUUUUCUGUUUGUUUUCUGUUCUGGUUUUGGUUCUGAAGAUCAGGUUGUGAUCUCCCUGACAGAUUUCAGCCAAGAGUUUGUAACUGUACGAUAUUUACUGUAAGAUGUAGAACAUUCGAUAACUAUUAAAAUGUUUCCAAAAAAAAAAAAAAUAAAUAAAAGAGCCCGAGAGGG